AUGGCCGAGCAGAAUCGUAAGUGGCAGACACGUCAGGAUGGCCUCGACAAGAUUUUCCAGUCCUCAGAGGCGGUGCCGAAGCCUGGAGCGGGCGAGGUUCUCGUCCGUAUCAAGGCUGUCUCGCUGAACUAUCGCGACACCGAAGUCGCAAUGGGCCUCUACGGCCACCACAAGACCAUUGAUGCAACCUCAAACCAGCCACUCGUCCUCUGUUCCGACAUGUGCGCCGAGGUGGCUGAAGUUGGGUCUAGCGUUUCGUCUUGGAAGGCCGGCGACAGAGUCAUGGGCACCUUCUGCCAGGACCAUCUGACCGGCCAGAUCCAGGCGCAACAGAUGGGCUCCGGGCUCGGGUUACCACUGGAGGGUGUCCUGCAAGACUACCGCGUCUUCCCGGAGCAUGGGCUGGUCAAGGUCCCCGACCAUCUCACCGAUGAAGAGGCGAGCUGCCUCCCCAUCGCAGCCGUCACGGCCUGGAUGUCGGUCAACGGCCUGCGGCCUCUGGGACAGCCAGGCGGCGAGGGCGAGGUCGUGCUCCUGCAGGGCACCGGCGGCGUCAGCGUGUCCGGGCUGCAGAUCGCCAAGGCGGGCGGCGCAACCACCAUCGUGACCUCGUCGUCCGACGAGAAGCUUUCCCGGGCCAGGGAGCUCGGCGCAGACCACGUUAUCAACUACCGGACGACGCCCGACUGGCACGAAAAGGUCAUGGAGAUCACGGGCGGCAGAGGAGCAGACAUCAUCUUCGAGGUCGGCGGCGCGCGCACCCUGAGGAAAUCGUUCAAGUGUGUGUCCUUCGGCGGCGUCAUCAACAGCAUCGGCUAUGUCACCGGCAAGCUGGACGAUCCCAAGGACGACCUGACCAACAUCAACGUCCUUGCUCUCACGCGGACCGUCACUCUUAAGGGCAUCAUCAACGGGCCAAGGGACAGGUUCGAGGAGCUCUGUGACUUCUAUGCCAAACACAAGGUGCGGCCCGUAGUAGAUUGCGUAUUCGGAUUCGAGCAGGCAAAGGAGGCAUUGCAGUAUCUAUAUGGCGGCUCCCACUUCGGGAAGGUUGUGAUACGUGUUGGUGCUUAA